AUGCCGUAUAUGAUGCCAUCUAAUUUUGGUAUGCAAUAUCCUUAUAAUUUCCCUUAUAUGGAAUAUGGGCAACAAACUGAGUUUGGUGGAAGUAAUUAUGGUGGUUUCUCCAAUAUCAAUAAUCAAAACACCGAGCAAGUUACUCCUCAUUUUAGCAGUGGAUCAACAGAUGUACCCGAGUUUUCCACUCAAAUAUCUCUUGGAAGUGCUGGUGAUGACACACCACAUAGUUUUUUGCCCCAAACACAGAAAAAUACUUCUAAAUCUAGUUAUUCGGUUUGGAGUGUCGAGCAAAACAAACUACUUUUAACUAGUUAUUUUCACUUCAGUAAUGAUAGUGAAUUGGGUAGUGGCCAAAAGGGUGACACUUUUUGGGGUAAAACUGUUGCUUACUUGAAUGAGCAUUCAACAACUGGCCCUCAUAGGAGUCAACAACAAUGUAAAAGCCAUUACAGUGAUCUCAACAAAAAAAUUGGUAAGUGGGUUGGUGUAUACAGAAAAGCAUUAGCAGAGAGGCGUAGCGGUUGGUCAGACGACAACUACAUAGCAAGAGCUCAAGAUUUGUUUGUUGAAGAAACUAAAAAAAACUUUGCUUUGCUUGAAGAAUGGAAGUUGGUUCGUAAUGAACCAAAAUAUAUGGUUGGAUCUGGUGCAUCUCAAAGUAGUGGAAGUAAAAGGAAGAGUAGCGGGGAAGGUGAUAUCUCAUGCUCAUCAGUUCCUUCUUUUGUACGCCCAGAAGGUAGAGACACGACAAAGAAAAAAGCUAAGGGCUCCUCUAGAAGAUCGAAACUUGUUAUUGAGGAGGAAUACUCUAAGAUAGAGUCUGAACGCCAGGAGCUAAAAGAAAUGAAGGAACAACAGAUGAAGAUGAUGCAAGAAGUUGCAACAGCUCAAAAGGAGGCAGCAUGUGCUCAAAAGGAGGCAGCACGUGCUGAAAAAAUGAAAAUGUGGAUGGACCUUAAUCAGAGAAAUCAAAGAAAUGCAUUGGACGAGUAUGAGUAUAAACUGCUUAACAUGCUACAGAUCGAAUUGUUUGGCCUUUAA